AUGGUCCUCUCACCAGGUUUGAUUGAUGUCCAUACCCACAUCUCCGCUCUGGGACGCAAUUGGGAAGGAUACGAAACUGCCACCAUGGCAGCGGCAGCUGGAGGAAUAACGACACUGAUGGGAAUGCCUUUAAAUUCACUACCGAGUACCACAACACUGGAUGCUGUGGAGAUGGAGCGAGAUGCAGCAGCGUCAGGGCCAUUGUAUGUUGACGUUGGUCUAUGGGGAGGAGUGGUUCCAGAGAAUUGUCACAAUAUUAAGGAACUCCUGGAAUCCCCCUACAUAUUUGGGCUCAAGGCAUUCUUGGCACCUCUUCCACCGGCAGCAGGAUACCAGGCUGUCUCACCUGAGCAAUUGAAGGAAGCAGCCAAGGUUUGUGGACCAAUUGGCAAACCCAUUCUAGUGCAUUCUGAAUUGAUGACCGAAGACGAAAGUGUUGGGGCAGUAAAGAAAGCAUUUGCCAAACAAUCACCAACAUCCUACGAGGCGCAUUUGGCGUCCCGACCCGCCAAGUGGGAGCAGGAUGCAGUGCGUGUCGUAUGCGAUGCUUCCAAGGAUUGCCAUAUGCAUAUUGUCCAUCUGAGCGAUGCAAGAGGGUGCCUACCCAUCAUUCAAGCAUGCAAAGAGUCGCCACAGAAUACUCUAACAGUUGAAACAUGUCCUCAUUACUUGCUGCUUGACGAAUCAUUGAUUCAAAACGGCGAAGUGCUUGUCAAAUGCUUCCCUCCAAUCCGGGAUAAAGAGAAUCGUGAACUCCUUUGGCAAGGUCUAUUAGAAGGAAUCAUAGACAUGGUGGCAUCGGAUCAUAGUCCCUGUGAACCUCACAUGAGGAACAUGGAAUCAGGUGAUAUCGAAACCGCAUGGGGUGGCCUAUCUGGCUUGCAGUAUCAGUUGCAGGCCACUUGGACAGACGCCAAACGAAGGAAUUUCACACCAGACGAAAUGGCGGCAUGGUGGAGUGAACGGCCAGCUAUUCUUGCGGGUCUCGGACGCAAGAAAGGACAAAUAAAGCCGGGCCAACAAGCAGACUUUUGCUGGUGGGACCCGAAUCACAGGGAAGCUCCGAACGCCUACAGCAAAGAAUAUCACAGAUGGAAGGGCACGACAUAUUUUGCAAAAAAUGACUCCAUGUGUGGGCGAGUGCUGGGAACUUGGGUAAGAGGGCAGCUAGUCUACGAUGGAGAAAAGGACGAGCAUGUGGAGCCAGCUGGUGUAAUGAUGACCUGUUAA